AUGCUCGUGCAACCUGGGCCACUGCUCAGCACCGAACACCAACAGCCACCACAGCAGCAGCAACAGCAGCCACCAUCAUUUCAGCAGCACGCACCGAACCUCCUCGCAGCUCAGCAACCUUCAUCGCUGACCUCCUCUUCCAGUGCCUCGUCGACGCCGCCGAUCCAGGACGCGAGCCGCUAUCUAGAGACGCUCCAGGAGCAGCUCAAAGAAGGCUGGACAGCGCACACGGCCAAAGACGGUCGGCUGUACUACUGCAAUCACAUCACACGGACGGCCGGAUGGCUACCGCCGAUCGAGAACUGGGUGCAGACGAACGAUUUACCCUACGGUUGGGAGAAGGCAGUCGACCAGAAGGGUCAGCCGUACUACAUCAACCACCUGAACAAAACCACCACCUACGAGGAACCGAUCCGGCAUCAUGGCAACGAUGCACCACCCGAGCCGCGUGUAGUCGUCCUGCAGCGCAGCUCAACGCUCGGCUUUGGGUUCGUCGCCGGCAGCGAAAAGCCUGUGAUCGUCCGGUUCGUCACGGAAGGUGGCCCUAGUGUAAAUAAGCUGGAACCAGGUGACCAAAUAUUAGCUGUAAACGGUGAGGACGUCAAAGACGCACCCCGGGACCAUGUGAUACAAUUAGUUAGAAAUUGUGAAACCUCCGUCACGCUGCUGGUGUGCCAGCCGCAGCUCUACAAAGCGGUCGGCCGGAAGUCGACACUGCUGUCUGCGGGCAAGAAGGCGAAGCUGAAAUCACGCCCAAUCCGGGUCCGGUUUGCCGAGAGUGUCUGCGUUAACGGGGCGCCAUUAUUUCCGCCUUCUGCCUUCUCGCUUGGGGAUCUGUGCGUGCCGCCGAUGGCAAACGUGCUGAAGGUGUUCCUCGAAAACGGUCAAACCAAAUCGUUCAAGUACGACUCGACCACCACCGUGCAGAACGUUGUGGCGUCACUGCGCGAUAAGCUCUGCCUAACGGCCGGUGAACAUUUCAGCCUCGUGGUGGAGCACGUGAAAAGUUUGAAGCGGAACAAGCUGACCCUGCUGGAUCCGCAGGAAACGGUAGCUCGGAUAGCGGCCCGGCCCGGUGCCCACAAGCUGCGGUGCCUGUUCCGCGUCACGUUCGUGCCAGUUUCGGCGGCUGCUCUCGCCCAGAAGGACCUCAACGCGCUGGACUACCUGUUCCUGCAGUGCUGCAACGAUGUCACCCAGGAACGAUUCGCACCGGAACUGCAACCCGAGGUGGCACUACGGCUGGCGGCGUUGCACAUGCACCAGCAUGCGCUUGCGAACAACAUCUCGCCCGCGAAGCUGACUGUAAAAACUGUUGAACGAGAAUUUGGACUGGAUCGCUUUGUGCCUGCUUCGCUGAUCGAAGGAAUGAAACGGAAGGAACUGCGGCGACUACUGGGCCACUUCCUGAAGCUCAACUCCCAGAUGACGGGUUCGUCGACAAAGAUGCUGACCCAGCUGCAGGCUAAAAUCCACUAUCUCGACAUCAUCUCCGGACUGCCGAGCUACGGGGCCAAGUGUUUUAGCACGAACCAACGCGAUGGUGUCGAGCGCGUUCUGCUCGUCAGCCCCCGGUUUGGGUUGAGCCAGAUUGCCGGCAUUCGCAACACGGUGCCUCAACCGAUCUGUAACCUAGAGGAGCUGAUUCGAGUGGUUGUAACGCGCGAUGACGACGUCUCCAACACUGUGACCGUGUUCAUCAGCCCCGAUCGGGUGAUCAACUUCUCCAUGGAGGAUCGAGACGCAUCAGAGUUUGCCAUCGUUCUGGCAGGCUAUUAUCGAUUAAUGGCCGGCAAAGAGUUGGCACUGGAACAAGAACGGGACAUACAGAUUGAGGACAUCGCUCCACCCUACCUUUCGCAACACACGGUCGUCAACAACGGUUGGAGUUACCUACCGUCGGAGAAGCAGACGCACAGCAUCGCGUUUCUGAUGCCUCCACCAUACCACUCAACUGGCUUCCGAAGUGCUACCGGUUCGAUCAGCUCCUCCAGCCGGUCCGAUGAGUGUGACCGCAACGCGAAUAGCGCACGGACCUCGAACAGGAACGCUCGGCCCAGUCUGCAGGAGUACGAUUUCGAGGCGAAUGGCAAAGAACCGUUGCGUUCGUCGAAAGACGGUACCACCAAAAUCGGUGGCAUUCCAAUGGCCGUAUCCGAGGCACGCAACGAAGAGGUGUUGCGACGCGUGGCCGAAAUGCAGAAGCUGGUUGAGAGUUCCGAGCGUUACCUAAACGAGCACGGAGACUAUGGUCACGAGUUUGAGGUUAAGCCCGGUGGAAAGCUCAACUUCUGGCGGGAAACUUCCGUCGACGUGGACGAAAGCGAUUGCGAAAGCCUUAACAGCAGCAAGCAAAGCUCGAACGAAGACGGUCCCGGUGUGUUGAAGCACAGUGACUCACUGACACUGCUCACGGAAACGAUCAACCAAGGGUUGGAUGGAAUCGCGAAGGGGCUCAGCUCGAUCUACACCGCACCGUUUAGUGAGCUAAAUGGUCGGCUGGAAUCGACGACCAGUUCCGCGCAAAAUACACCCAAGAGCCAGCGUAAGGUGUCCGGGUUGAGCCAGAUCCUGAGCGAUUUACAGGCACUUGGGCAUGAUCUUUCCCAGAGCGAGAGCGAUUCGGAGUCGUUGUACACACCGAACAGCUCACCGAUACACAAGACGGCUGUGGCGCAAAACGCAGGACUCUCGCUGCCGCAGCACCACAUGCAGAUGGGUCGUCCUGCGCCAUCGAACCCGGCCGCAAACAAGUCCAUCAGGACCAGUUUUGGGCUGCACAGCCCAGAUAGCGGCUCGGACGGGCGGGACAUGAGCCUGAAGGACUAUUUGCGCCAGCUGAAAGAAGCGAGCAGUGCCUCUGAGCUCGGUUCGGAUGGCACGGAUCUCGCGGCGAAGAAGCUGGCCGAUCUGUACGGCUACGAGUUGCUCGGUGACGAUUCGAUCAUCGAGUCCGAUCCGGACAUCAUAGAUCUACGUUCAAUUCCACCACCCCAGACACCAGACGAACUGGACAACCUGCACGUGCUGAGCGUUCCGCCGAGUGGCUUCGACGAUGGCAGCAAAGCUGCCGCCGGGAUGAAUGCCAGCUCGACAAACAACGCGCCCAGUGCCAACGGAUCGAGCAACGUGGGUGCAGGCGAUCUGGAAGAGUUUCUCAAACAGGUAACGAUAGAACCCCCGACGCAGAAAAUCACUCCGGCCGUGGAACUGACACCCGAGGAGAUCCUCUCGUACAUUAUUCCACCCCCACCGGGGUUGGGUGAACCGGCCACAUCCGCCCCGUCCGCGUCCGAACUCCCGACCAACUCCCCGAUCGCGCGACGCCCUAUCCAAAACCACGUCAGCACGAACAACAACAUCAACACGCUGAAGAAUCUCAACUACGGAGCGGAGUCACCGGUUCCAAGGCCCCGGGCGGCAUCUACCAACGGGACCACCGGGAUGUCGGUGGUGGCUAAUGGAGCGAUCGCAAGUGCUCUGCUCGCGAAGUACGCCUACGAUCCGACCCGGUUCGAGGUGUAUUAUCCUCCAAAGAGCGAAACGAACACUGGCGGUGGCGAAUACGAUCUGUAUAGUAACAGUUCGGCGGCGGCAACAUCCGCUACUGCCGGACCGGGAACGAAAGAACCGAACGGAGUGCAUGAUCCGGCUAAGGACCAACGUCCUGCCAAUGGAGUCGCGAACGGGCACGUGAUCGAGUAUCCGACCGUUGACAGGAAAGGUCCGUUUUCCUGCUGCGCCAAGUCAAAAUCGAAGGACAAGCAGAACGGUGACGCAGAGACUUGCGACCAGCAGCUGCAACAGCGACGAACCUCCGAUGUGCCCCUAGCCCUUCCACCGAAACCCUGCCUACACGCGGCCACCUCCAACCAGCCGAGUCCACCUCAACGACCCCCGAAAAGUGCGGAGCUCCAGUUACGGCUCGGUUCACCCGUCCGUUCGCCUCCACCCGCCGCCAACAGGGCCAACGGGAAUUAUUACGAGCUGGGACCCGAUCCACCCUCGCUACCACCCCGUCUCGAACAGUCGCCACCUCCGCCGGUCGCGGUGUUGGCCACACUGCCACCGAAGAAGCCACCGCUACCUCCGGUUCCCCUGAAGCCCUGUAUCCUGCGCAGCCCGGUUCCGAUAUUGAAGAACCUGCCACCACCGCACGCCACCUACAACCACCUGCACCAGUUCCACCACCAGUUCCACCAGGCGCCACCGGUACCUCCGCUGCCGCACCUGCAGCACCACCUCCAGCACCACGGUUCCCUGUCCGCGAACUCCUCGCCGGUCCGGACGGCCGGAAUUGGGUCGCCUCAUCUUCACCGCAAUCCAAACUGUUACAGGGAGAUCGAGCGGGCGUUCAACCAUCACCGCCCGGACGAACCGGUCGGCACUCCGGAGAAACCACCCCCGGGACCCCCGAACGGAGCCGGUCACCAGCGCUCCCACAGCGACUGCCCGCCGGUUUGUCUGAAGAACCCACCGCCGGAUGCUAGGGCGCAACUGACGCUUCUCUGCUCGCCCCAGAUGGCCCGCAAGGCGUCCCUUCCCGGACCGGUCGCUUCCCCGUCGCUGGCCGCCGUCGUCACCACGGGUACGGUGACGUUCAGCAACCCGGGCAGUCCGAUCCUCGCCAACCGGAACGGGCACGUCCUGAACGUGGACACUCUGAUGGCCAAGACGGACGUGGCGAUGGCAGGGCUGCUCGUGAAGCUAGACCAGGUAGCUGCGGCAUGUUCCGCCGCUCAAACCGCCGGUGGAGGCGCUGCCAUCGAUGAGGAUCGAUUCCAGAGAGCCCGCGAGGAGUUGACCGAACAGGCGCUGCAGCUUGUCACCGCUUCCAAGCACCUGGUGGUGUCGAUGUCCGACGCGAACCUGACUCACCUACCCGAACACUUGACCACGUGCUUGUCGGCGUUGCGUCGGAUCACCGAGCUAGCGCAGGACCUCACCCGGUACACGUCGGCACCACUGCAAACCCGGAACAUCGUGCUGAAGAUACACGACGUUGCGUCCAGUUUCCGCGAGCUGGCCUGCGUUAAAGUGGGACCGGCCGGUGCUGGCCAACUCGCACUCAACGCAGAAUGUCUAGCGAACGUGCUCGCGACUCUGUUGCGCAGUUUGCGCGUCUUCUCACCCUAG